GGUGCUGAUCCAAGAAUAGUCACUAGUAGCAAACCUGGUGGAAUAGAGUAUCCUGACCGUGUCGAUGGAAUAUUGUCGUGGGAUGAAGUAAUGCGCUCUGAUGAUGGUCUGUAUGCUUGUGUUGCCACGAAUCCGGCAGGUGAAGCAGUGUCUUUUGGACACUUAACAGUGGAAUUCAAACCAUCAUUUGUCAACACUCCUUACGCAGACUAUUGGUCAUGGGAUGGCCAGAUAGCUAACAUAACAUGCCUGGCUGAAUGUAUUCCCAAAGCCACAAUUCGCUGGUUUUACAACAACCGUGAUCUUGACAGGGAUAGAAUACCAGAGGUUAUAAAACAUGGAGAAGGACCACAAUCAUGGCUUGAAAUUCCUUCCAGCUUCCAAGGAAGGUACGGAACAUACAGAUGUGAAGCAAAGAAUAAGCUCGGGACACAAUCCCAUUUCAUAAUUGUGGGACCAAUGUACGAUGGUGGAAUUCCAAUCCGUGUUUAUAAUGUACGGUAUGGUAAAUCAGAUGAAUUGGUACAUCAAUGGAGAAAUCGCGCAUGGCCUGCAGAUUCUGAAUACGUUUUGGAAGAUUUAGUUCCCCAAACUCGGUAUGAAUUUCAGUUCUCUGCACAAAACGACGUCGGAACAGGACCCUGGGGUGCCACACAAAUCAUAGUAAUGCCCAAGAGGUCUCCUCCUGAACCUCCUCCACUUCUGGACAGACCUAUGAUGUUUGAACAUCCUGAAGCACCAGUGGACACGCCUGUGAUGUCAGCUUAUCCAACUCACUUCGAACUACGAUGGAACAUUCCUGCAGACAAUGGAGAACCCAUUAGAAGUUACCAUGUUACAUGGUGCACG